CAAUCUUCUUCCAGUUCUUCUCCACUUCUUGGCUGCUGGUGGUUCCCAGUCAGGGGCUCUGAGUGGGUUUCCGUGGGACAGCUCGGGGCACGUCUGAGUAACACAAGGUUUGAGGUUUAGGGGGAGAAGAACUUGAUACAUCCUGAAAAUGUUUAACAAAUCCUUUGGAACUCCCUUUGGAGGCAGCACUGGCUUUGGGACAACUUCAACUUUUGGACAAAAUGCCGGCUUUGGUACCACAAGCGGGGGAGCGUUUGGAACAUCAGCCUUUGGCUCCAACAACAACACUGGAGGCCUCUUUGGGAGCACACAGACCAAACCAGGAGGAUUGUUUGGUUCCACUACGUUUAACCAACCGGCCACCUCCUCCACCAGCACUGGGUUUGGGUUUGGAACCUCCACGGGGACAUCAAACAGCCUUUUUGGAACGACCAGCACCGGGGGCGGCCUCUUCUCCUCCCAAAAUAAUGCCUUUGCGCAGAAUAAACCGGCUGGGUUUGGAAAUUUUGGAACAAGUACCAGCAGUGGAGGUCUCUUUGGAACCACUAACACGACGUCCAACCCUUUUGGGAGUACAUCUGGCUCUCUCUUUGGCCCAACUAGUUUUACUGCUGCUCCAACUGGCACGACUAUUAAGUUUAAUCCCCCAACCGGUACGGAUACGAUGGUCAAAUCUGGAGUUAGCACCAACAUCAACACCAAGCACCAGUGUAUCACUGCUAUGAAGGAAUAUGAAAGCAAAUCUCUCGAGGAGCUGCGUUUAGAAGACUACCAGGCGAACCGGAAGGGACCCUCCAACCCUGUCGGAGCGGGAGCGGCCGCCGGCUUGUUUGGCUCUUCCACAGCUACUUCAAGUACAGCCACGGGGCUCUUUGGCUCUUCUGCCACCAACACCGGCUUCUCCUACGGCCAGAACAAAACUGCUUUUGGAACCAGUACGACUGGUUUUGGAACAGGUACGACGGGGGGUCUCUUUGGCCAACAAUCUCAAACCACCAGUCUGUUCAACAAACCCUUUGGCCAAGCCACCACCACGCAGAACACCAGCUUAUUUGGGAACACCAACACCCUGGGGCAGCCCAACACCAACACCAUGGGUCUCUUUGGGGUAACCCAACCCUCCCAGCCCGGAGGCCUUUUUGGAACAGCUGCCAAUACAAAUGCUGGGACUGGAUUUGGAACUGGGACCAGUCUUUUUGGACAGGCUAACACGGGAUUUGGUGUUGGCGGUUCGACCCUGUUUGGUAACAAACCUGCUGGAUUUGGAACCACCACGACCAGCGCUCCCUCCUUUGGUACAACCACUGGCGGCGGGCUCUUUGGUUUUGGUGCCAACACUGCUGGGAAUAGCCUGUUUGGAAAUAAACCGGCAACUGGGACUCUGGGAACUGGACUUGGAACGGGGUUUGGAACAGCUCUCGGGGCAGGACAGACGUCGUUGUUUGGAAACACCCAGCCUAAACUCGGUGGGACGUUGGGAACGGGAGCGUUCGGAGCGCCGGGGUUCAACACAUCCACAGCUACUCUGGGCUUUGGGGCCCCACAGCCUGCUGUAGCUCUGACAGACCCGAACGCCUCAGCUGCCCAGCAGGCCGUCCUGCAGCAGCAUCUCAACAGCUUGACUUACUCACCCUUUGGAGACUCCCCGCUCUUCAGAAACCCCAUGUCAGACCCGAAAAAGAAAGAGGAGAGGCUGAAGCCAACGAACCCAGCAGCUCAGAAGGCCUUAACCACACCCACCCACUACAAACUGACCCCGCGCCCGGCCACCAGAGUGAGACCCAAAGCUUUGCAGUCGGCUGGAUCCGCCAAAUCCCAGCUCUUUGAUGGGCUGGAUGACGACGAGCCGUCCCUGUCCAACGGCGCCUUCAUGCCAAAGAAGAGCAUCAAAAAGUUGGUUUUGAAGAAUCUCAACAGUAGCAACCUGUUCUCACCUGUUAAUCGUGACAACGAAGACCUGGCCUCCCCGUCGGAGUAUCCGGAGAACGGGGAUCGGUUCUUUGUGUCGGUACCUCAAGAUGAAAACCACAGACAAGAUGGUGAGCGAGAGGAGGAGGACGAUCAGCACGAAGUGACUCGGUUUUACACCAACCCCAUCGCCAAGCCCAUCCCUCAGACCCCGGAGAACGCUGUGCACAAGCACCAGAACAACGUGGACGACACCAUCGUGGCUCUGAACAUGAGGGCGGCCUUGAGAAACGGCCUGGAAGGCAGCAGUGAAGAUGCCUCCUUCCACGAUGAUUCCCUUCAGGAUGAGCGCGAAGAGGAACCCGAAACGGUGCAUCAUCUGCAUCCUGCAGGGAUCGUUCUGACCAGAGCUGGGUAUUACACCAUCCCCUCCAUGGAGGAGCUGGCGCGUUUCACCAACGACAGGAAUGAAUGUGUCGUCACAGACUUCACCAUCGGCCGGAAAGGUUAUGGAUCCAUUUACUUCGAAGGCGAAGUGAAUCUAACGAACUUGAACCUGGAUGACAUUGUCCAUAUCCGUAGGAAAGAAGUAAUUGUUUACCCUGACGACGAAAGAAAACCUCCUAUUGGUGAAGGUUUAAAUAGACGAGCUGAAGUUACUUUGGAUGGAGUCUGGCCCACGGAUAAAACGUCCCGGUGCCUGAUCAAAAGCCCCGAGCGCCUCGCGGAGAUGAAUUACGAGGGCAGGCUGGAGGCCGUGUCUCGGAAACAGGGCGCUCGAUUCAAGGAAUAUCGCCCCGAGACCGGCUCCUGGGUGUUCAAGGUUGCACACUUCUCCAAGUAUGGCCUCCAAGAUUCAGACGAGGAAGAGGAGGAACAUCCUUCAAAAGUGGACACCAAGAAGUUAAAAACGACGCCUGUGCCACCCCCAGGGCACCAACAGCUGCCCCAGCAAAUGACCCUGACCAGCAAACCACCGCCUCCAGCUCAGCCCCCCGAGGUGGAGCAGCUGGGCAGGGUGGUGGAACUGGACAGCGACAUGGCAGACAUCACCCAGGAGCCUCCCCAGGAAGCCACGGCCGAGGACACGGUGGUCGAAGAGCCCGAGGCAGUGCCAGCUUCAACUCACAUCGCCUCCACCCUGGGCAUCAACCCCCACGUCCUCCAGAUUAUGAAAGCUUCCCUGCUUGCUGAUGAAGACGACCUGGAUUUGAUCCUGGAUCAUUAUCCUGGGAAGCAACCUGUAAAAAUGGACACUUCUCAAGAGAUCUGUUCUCCGAGGCUCCCCAUUUCCAAAUCCCAAGGACAGAAAAGACACUCAGUUGGUGGGCUGUUGCAGUCCAAAUUUGCCAACGCCAUUUUCCAGCCGCCGAGUGCUGCUCUGCAAGAUUUGAAGGCACCGAGGACUUUGGGCAGUCCCCCUUCCCUUGCCCUUUGGUCGGCCACUUCUCCCUUGGCAUCUGCCUUCUCCGUGCCACCACCCGUCCCUGAGGUCCAGAUGAAAACCGUCGGGGUCCGCAGGCAGCAGGGGCUCGUACCUCUGGAGAAGUCCAUCACCUACAGGAAAGGGAAGCUGCUGAUGGACAUGGCCCUCUUCAUGGGUCGCUCCUUCCGCGUUGGUUGGGGACCGAACUGGACAUUGGUCAAUUGUGGAGAUCCCUUGAGUGGAUCAACUGAAAUAGAAGAGCUUCAGUGUGAGUCUGUGGAGUAUGGAUUCCUGCCAACUCCUGUGGCUCCAAAAUCGCUCUCGGAGUCCUCUUUCAAGGUUCACGUGGAGAAGCUGAGCUUGGAGCAACGCAAGGUGGACAGGGACAAAGAGCUGUACCUCAUCCCCCUGGAGAUAAAGCUGAAACACAGCACUGUCCACAUGGAUGAGCACUGUCCCCUGCUGGCACCCAACCCGGGGGUCUCUGCCAUUCACGACUACGCUGAGUGGGUCAGGAAGGCUUCUGAGGACCCUGCAGUGACAGAGACUGUUGUGAAGCACUGGGGCUUGACGUGGACUUUAUGUGAAGCGAUUUGGGGGAACCUGAAGGAGCUGGAGGCCAGUUUGGAGGAACCCAACGAGUACAUCCUGGCCCUGGAGCGGCGGAGGGCCUUCUCUCGCUGGCUGUCGGAGACGGCGGCGGGACGCAUCGAGGAGGAGGUCUCUCUGUGCCGACACGGCAACCACGUAGAGGCUGUCUUCAGCUGCCUCACUGGGAAGAGGAUUGGGGAAGCUUGCAGGCUGGCCCAGCAGUCGGGUGACCACAGGUUGGCUCUGCUGCUGUCCCAGCUGGCUGGCAGCCAGCCCGUGCGGGACCUGCUCACCAUGCAGCUGGUGGACUGGCACAGCCUGCAGGCAGACUGCUUCAUCCAGGAGGAGAGGCUGAGGAUCUUUGCUCUGCUCGCUGGAAAGCCUGUGUGGCAGUUAUCGGAGAGAAUCAGUAUCAACGUGUGCUCGCUGCUGGACUGGAAGCGCUGCCUGGCCAUCCACCUCUGGUACCUGCUGCCACCAACAGCUUCUGUGUCCAAGGCACUUGCCAUGUACGAGGCGGCCUUUCAGAACACAGCGGAGUGUGAAAAAUACGCCUGCUGUCCCCUGCCUCCCUACCUGGAAGAUUCUGGUUGUGUGAUUGAAGAGGAUGAGAAUGGGGGGAGACCUCUGAGAGACGUCUGUUUCCAUCUGUUAAAGCUCUACAGCGACAGGCACUACGAGCUUGACCAGCUCCUGGAUCCCCGGAGCGUGACGUCGGACCCUCUGGACUAUCGCCUGAGCUGGCACCUCUGGGAGGUUCUCCGGGCCCUGAAUUACUCCCACCUCUUCAAGCAGGGGAAGGGGGUGCUCAAUGCCAGUUAUGCUGCCCAGCUGGAGAGCGAAGGUCUCUGGGAAUGGGCUGUUUUUGUGCUGCUGCACGAGCCCAAUACGCACAUCCGGGAGAAGGCCGUGAGGGAGCUCCUAAACCGUCACUGCGUCCUCUGCGAGACCCCCGAGUCUUGGGCCAAGGAGACCUUCCUGACACAGAGACUCUGCGUCCCCCCGGAGUGGAUUCACGAAGCGAAGGCGGUUCGAGCCAGGAUGGAGGGUGACAAGCACAAAGAAGCCCUUUUCUUGUUCAAGGCUGGGCACUGGAACCAGUGUCACAAGCUGGUUGUCCGGCACUUAGCCUCAGAUGCCAUUAUUAACGAGAACUACAAGUACCUGAAAGGAUUCCUGGAGGAUCUGGCCCCUCCGGAGCGCAGCGCCCUCAUCCAGGACUGGGAGGUGGCGGGGCUGGUCUACCUGGAUUACAUCUGCGUUAUCGAGGCGCUCGACAGGAUUCAACAGAUGGACGGUUCCACCUACGAGCUGGAGUGGUUGCACACCAAAGUCACGUCGCUCUGCAACAGGAUUGACCAGAUCCAGUGCCACAACGCCAAGGACCGCCUGGCCCAGUCGGACAUGGCCAAGCGCGUCGCUAACCUGCUGCGGGUGGUGCUCAGCCUGCAGCACGCCCCGGAGCCCCUCUCCGACCCCACGCCCGACCUGCAGCGCGUCCCCCUCCGCCUCCUGGCCCCCCACGUGGGGAGACUCUCCAUGCCCGAGGACUACGCCUUGGAGGAGCUCAGGAGCCUCACCCAGUCCUACCUACGGGAGCUGACGGUGGUGACUCACUGAGGAGGAACCUCUUUCAUUGAGGAGGAACCUCUUCCACUCCUGAUGGGGACAGAUUUUUACCUUUUGUUAACCCUUAACCCUUGUUCUGAGGGUGAAGGACCUCUCUCUCUCACCACGAGGGGGUUUCCAUGGAAGGUGGAAAACAGCUUUAGGACGUGGGCAGGAGUGGCUGUAACUGGUGGGACCUGGCUGGUGGCACCUUCAACCAACCACGCACCGUCUCCCUCGAAUCAAUAAAGCGCCUCUUGCCGAGCCUGUCUGCUGGUGGGACCGGAGUGGGGACACCCUGGGGGCUCCAUCUCCUGCCAGAUCCUUCUCCCCCCAUCCCGUGGCAGCGCAGAGGAUGGUGAAGGAAGUUCUGGGACAGUUUUUGUGGGUGGACUCUGCUCCGGGGGGGGGCUGUGCUGGGUCAAUGGAUCAACCUUUGUCCCCUGAAUGAGCUUUAAUGGGGGCUUUUGUGGUCGGAGUUGGGUGGGGAGAAGGUGGAACUGAAGUUCAGAAGAGUCUUUUCCUGCCUUCUCUUGCUUCUUUGGAGACCUGCGAAUGUGUUGUUUCUCUCAUUUCUCCAUCCUCCAUCUCCACGAGCUUCUUCCCUGCCCCAGGAGAAGGGGGAGGUGACACGGGUGGGUGGCAUCUCUGGGGAUGGACACCUCCUGGGCGUUGCACGCAGUAAAACCCAGGAGCUUGUCCCAAGAGUCACCACCUUCCUGGACUCCGUGCUGCUGGUGGUAGAGGCCAGAUCCUGCUCCAGAAACACCAAACCACCCAAAGAUGUCACCUGCCCAUGGAGCAGAGCGGCCUGGUGGCCUCCACCACCCCCUGUGCAGGUGCCACCCGUGUCUCCUGUGGGGUUGGGUCACCUCGAGUGGAGCCACCACCUCAGCCCAUCCCACCAACCCGCUGCUGUCCGUGUCCCCUGGUGCAGUCCCUGCCCUCGCUGCCUCCACAAACCCACCAUUUUUUUGGAAGAAGAAAAAAAAAAAAAGCUGUUUCUGGGUCUGCUCUGGUUCUGGGGUCACGGUGGUGGCACCUUCUGCCACCUCGGCCUCUGCUCGUGGCGUCCGGCGCCGCUCUGCGCCGCCUCGGCUGAAGGUCUUUAUGCAUGAGGAUUAUACAAAGGUUUUUAUUAAAAA